UGCACACUCAUGUGAUACGGAAGAUUUCGUUGAUUGUUGAAAAUCUUAGAUCAAGGAUUGCUCUAACUAUCUACUAAGGCAUACAGUCUACGAGCGUCGUCGCUGCCGUUCACGGUCGAGUUGUUGUCGAGUCAAGAGGCGCCAGUAAUGGCCGACGUUAGCGAGAACCAUGCUGAGGCAACGAAGAGCUCCAACGCUGCCGGGAAAGGGAUGAAGGAAGUAUUCCAAGCAAGAAACUGGCAGGAAUUGACACCCAAGGAUCUCAAGAAACUCGCACGCUCACCACAGGCGUUGAGUCGCUAUAUGGCUUAUCAGCCGCUCUCGAAGGAAGCUGUAGCCGUGAAGGAGGCGUGCGUGAAGAGAGUGAGAGAGUUCAAACGAAAGGAAACGAAUUCGAGUGAAAAGAAAUCAAAGACAAAAGAAUUGGAGACAAGGCAACUCGAAGAAUGCAAGGAGACAACAUCAGAAGAGAAGCUGAAGAGUAAAGGACUUAUUGGAGAACUACGAGCUGCAACUGCAAGAGGGAGAUUGAGAGAUAUUCGCAUCAGAUAUGAAAGCAAUCGGGCACGAGAAAUAAAUCAUCUAAUUACGUGUCAGCCAACAGCUCAAGAGUGUGUUCGUCUUGAGGCUUUUAUUCCUCCUCAGCCAGUGCUGUCGAGGAUCAAAGAGCCAUUGAAGAAACAAGAGAGACUUCGAUGCGAAGCAAUUAUGGAGGAUGACUUGGGCCUGACAGUCAACAGAUUGCUGACAUAAUAGUACACGUAGUUAGAUUAAUUAGCCAAGAUGCAGAGUUAUGAACGCAAAAUACUAUAAAAGAGCAACUAAAAGUCUACA